CGACGCCAACCUUUUCCACCUCUUCUUCUUCCGCCUCCGACAAUACGUUCAAACUCUUUGGUCUCACUCCAUCUCUUCAUAUAAUACUCAUUCGUCCCAAAGGAAACAAUAUGCAAUGCCCAAAAAACAUGGCAUUGGAAGAAGACCCAACAACACUUCUCAAGCUCGAGUCAGCAUGUUCCGACCUAAAAACCCUACUUCGAGCCUCCGAGGAAACAGAAGAAAACCUGGGAAACACAGACACAAGGCUCGAUCUUUUACAAAGAUCACUCUCCACAGCCUCCAAGAGAAUCGUCCCUUUACAAUCCCUAGCCAUGUCGAGGAAAGCCCUCGACUCGAGAAUCACCAGAGCCUUGGCCCCGGCACUUGCACUCCUCAACACGUUCAAGUUGACAGAAUGUCUCCAGAACAGUCUCGUCGAGCUCUCGACGAGGCUGUCCUCGGAGAAGCCGCUUCAGAAGCGGCUUGAGAGGCUUCUGGAGUACACUAAAUACGUGGAUCAACUGAACGAGGGGUUAAGCAACAUAAGUGAUGAGGUGGAAGUGGUGAUCCAGAAGCUGCAGGAGGUGGUGGAGUUCAUAAGCCGGACAAAGGCGGCAGACCAGUACCGGGAGGCAAGGCUGAGGGAGGCUCUGGGGACUCUGAAGGGGCUGUAUGAGAUUGAGGUGGAUGAGAUGAGAUUUCAGGGGCUGCUGGACCAGGCGUUGGUGCAUGUGCAGGAUGAGUUUGAAGGGUUGUUGCUGAGGAUGAAGCUUAGGAACCUGCAGGGGGAUUUGGUGCACCAACAUGGUGAUGAUUUCAGGGAAUUGGGGUCGGAACUGGAAAUUGAAGUCCUCAGAAGAAUUUCAACCACACUUGCUGCCAAUGAUUGCCUAGACAUAUGCAUUGAUAUAUACGUCAAGGCAAGAUAUAGAAGGGCUGCAAAGGCACUAAUGAAGCUAAACCCAGAUUACCUGAGAACAUACACCCCAGAAGGAAUCGAAGAAAUGGAGUGGGAAACCUUAGAGACAGCCACAACCCUUUGGAUCCAACACUUGGAAGUGGCAGUAAAGAAAGUCCUCCUUGCAGAAAAGAAACUCUGCGAGAGAGUCUUGGGAGAUUUCAUGGAGGGACUAAUCUGGCCAGAAUGCUUCAUCAAGAUUUCCGACAAGAUCAUGGCCGUAUUCUUUCGCUUCGGCGAAGGCGUGGCCCGGAGCAGCAAAGAGCCCCAGAAGCUUUUCAAACUCUUAGACAUGUUCGAGUCCUUGGAGAAACUCAAGCCCGAGAUGUCACAAAUAUUCGAAGGCGAACCUGGCUUAGACAUAUGCACAAGGUUCCGCGAGUUGGAAAAACUCAUCAUCGAUGCUUCGAGCAAAGUUUUAUGGGAAUUCGGCCUCCAAAUCGAAGGCAGCAUCGACGGUCUUCCACCUGCUCAAGACGGUUCUGUUCCAAAACUUGUGAGAUACGCUAUCAACUAUCUCAAGUACCUCACCACGGUUAAUUACAGAACAUCAAUGGUUAAGGUUCUCCGAACACAACAAACAUGGGAAGAUAGAAGUAUCAAUGACAUGUCUUCGGACGAGGGUUUGUUAAAGCAUGCAAUUAGCAAUGUCAUGGAGGCGCUGCAGCGGAACAUUGAGGCAAAGCGUAUGUGUUGUAGGGACAAGGUUUUGGUGCACGUGUUCACGAUGAACACGUAUUGGUACAUUUAUAUGAGGACGAAGGACACAGAGCUUGGUGAGGUGUUGGGUGAGAGGUGCAUGAAAGAGGAUUACAAGGCUGUGGCGGAGGAAAGUGCUUACUUGUAUCAGAAGCAAGCGUGGGGUGGUUUGGUUAGGGUUUUGGAUGGAAAUGAUGUGAGGGGGGAAGGGAAAGGGAGUGUGGGAAGAGUGGUGAGUGAGAAGAUUGAAGCUUUUUUCAAGGGUUUGAAUGAGGUUUGUGAGAGCCAUGCUAGAGGGGUGUAUAGUAUACCUGAUGUGGAUUUGAGGGAACAAAUGAGGGAAGCUACUGUGAGGCUUGUGGUGCCUGCUUAUGCCGAGUUUUUGGAGGGUUAUUCAGGGUUGUUGCAGAGGAAAGGGUACCCGAGUGUUGAGAGGGUGAAAGAGUUGGUGGGGAAGGCUUUUGAUUGGGGGAAGUUGAAGAGGAGGACUUCUGCAGCUUCUAGUGAUUGGAAUGCUGCAAGGAACUCUGGGUCUUUAGAGAGGGAUGUUAGAUCAGGCAAUGGUGGAGGUGAUAUUUGAGGAUUCACAAUGCCUCCUCCUCUUGUAUUGAGUCUCACACUGCAAUUCAUGCAGCUUGGACAAAAGUAAAAACAUUGAUGUUACAACUAACAACUGUAAGAUAUGAAGUCAUGAAUUAAUAUUCUUCUUUGUUUUGGGAUCUGGAACGAAAUGUUUAGGAGAAAAGAUAUAAGUAAAUUCAAUGUACCAUGUGAGUUAUCAGUUGUGAAGAUAAA